UGGAGAAUCGGCCCAAACGGACCCACGAGUAGCAAAAGAGCAGGCGCGCACCCAGGCCAGCUGGCUCUAGAGCCCAGGCUCUUCUCCAAAGAAUUUGACCCCACUAAGAAGUGGGCCGGGUAGUCGAGGGGAGGGUCAGAGUACCGGGAGAGGGAGAAACGCACGGACAGGCCCUCAGCAUCAGCAUCAGCAGCGGCUGCGGCUGCCCCACCCCCCGGAGAACCUGGAGGAAGAUUGGAGGAGGAGGAGAAGGAGGAGGAGGAGAAGGAGGACAAUGUGGAUUCCGCUUCAGAAUACCAUGGAGGUGGCGUUGCGAAGGAACCCUUACCGCCUGUGUGCAGGGACCCUGGGGGUGGCGGUCAUCCUAUUCCUGCUCGGCUUUUUUUUCGGAUGGAUUACAAAACCCACCAGUGAAGUUAGUAGCAUGAUUUCCCCGCAAAGUAUAAAGAAGGCAUUUCUGGAUGAACUGAAAGCUGAAAACAUCAAAGCAUUUUUAUAUAAUUUUACACGCAUCCCACAUCUGGCAGGAACAGAACAAAACUUGGACCUUGCAAAACAAAUUCAAUCCCAGUGGAAGGAAUUUGGCCUCGACUCAGUUGAACUUACUCACUAUGAUGUCCUCUUAUCUUACCCCAAUGAGACUAAUCCCAACUAUAUCUCCAUCAUUGAUGAAGAUGGAAAUGAGAUUUUCAACACAUCAUUGUUUGAACCUCCUCCUCCGGGAUAUGAACAUGUUCCAGAUGUGGUACCACCUUUUAGUGCUUUUUCACCACAGGGGAUGCCAGAGGGUGAACUAGUAUAUGUGAAUUAUGCAAGAACCCAAGAUUUCUUUAAAUUGCAGCGGGACUUAGGAAUCAAUUGUUCUGGGAAAAUUGUCAUUGCUAGAUAUGGGAAAAUUUUCAGAGGAAAUAAGGUUAAAAAUGCUCAACUGGCAGGAGCCAAAGGAAUUAUCCUCUACUCUGAUCCUGCUGAUUAUUCUUCCCCUGGGGUAGAACCUUAUCCAAAGGGUUGGAAUCUUCCAGGAGGUGGAGCCCAGCGUGGAAAUGUGUUAAACCUUAAUGGUGCAGGUGACCCUCUCACUCCAGGUUAUCCAGCUAAUGAAUAUGCCUAUAGAUAUGAUAUAACUGAAGCUAUUGGUCUUCCAAAGAUUCCUGUUCAUCCAAUUGGAUAUAAUGAUGCCCAGAUCUUACUAGAAAAUAUGGGAGGACCAGCACCACCAGACAACAGUUGGAAGGGAAGGCUUAAUGUGCCUUACAGCAUUGGACCUGGAUUUACUGGAAAUUAUUCUACUCGAAAAGUCAAAAUGAAUAUUCACAGCAACAAUAAAAUAACAAGGAUUUACAAUGUGAUUGGAACUCUAAGAGGAGCAGUGGAACCAGACAGGUAUGUAAUUCUGGGAGGUCAUCGUGACUCAUGGGUAUUUGGUGGCAUUGAUCCUCAGAGUGGAGCUGCUGUAGUACAUGAGAUUGUGAGAAGUUAUGGAAAACUCAAAAAGGAAGGAUGGAGGCCAAGAAGAACAAUGAUAUUUGCUAGUUGGGAUGCUGAAGAAUUUGGUCUCUUGGGAUCUACUGAGUGGGCUGAGGAAAAUUCCAAAAUACUUCUAGAACGCGGAGUGGCUUAUAUUAAUGCAGAUUCUUCUGUUGAAGGAAACUACACUUUGAGAAUCGAUUGUACACCGCUAAUGUACAGACUGGUAUACAGCCUGACAAAAGAGCUUCGAAGCCCUGAUGAGGGUUUUGAAGGCAAAUCUCUAUACGAGAGCUGGAAGGAGAAAAAUCCUUCAACAGAAUUCAAUGGCCUACCCAAGAUUAACAAACUGGGAUCUGGCAAUGACUUUGAAGUCUUUUUCCAUAGACUUGGCAUUCCUUCAGGCAGAGCUCGUUAUACUAAAAAUUGGAAAACAGACAGAUACAGCAGCUAUCCAGUAUAUCACAGUGUCUAUGAAACUUAUGAAAUAGUGGAAAAUUUUUAUGACCCCACUUUUAAGAAUCACCUCAUAGUGGCUCAGGUCCGAGGAGGCAUCCUUUUUGAAUUGGCCGACUCCAUCGUUCUUCCUCUGGAUUGUCAAGAUUAUGCCAAAGUUUUACAAAAAUAUGUUAACAGCAUUUAUGAACUGGCUCAGAAACAUCCAGAAGAAUUGCAAGAAUACGGUGUAUCUUUUGACCCACUUUUCUCAGCAGUAAAGAAUUUUACAGAAACAACUACUAACUUCAGCAAGAGACUGCAAGAUUUAGACACAAACAACCCAAUUUCAGUGAGAAUUAUCAAUGAUCAGCUAAUGUUUUUAGAAAGAUCCUUUAUUGAUCCUCUUGGAUUGCCUGGAAGCCCAUUUUACAGGCACAUCAUCUUUGCUCCAAGUAGUCAUAACAAGUAUGCUGGGGAGGCAUUCCCAGGAAUUUAUGAUGCUCUCUUUGAUAUUGAAAACAAAAAAAAUCCUUCAAAGGCUUGGGCAGAAGUCAAGAAGCAGAUUUCUGUUGCAGCCUUCACAGUGCAAGCUGCAGCAUGUACUCUGAAGUAAGUCACAUAAAAUCCAGAGCAAGGGAUCACUUGUGAAAACUGGACAUCUUUUAGAAAGUACCCAAUAGCAAAAUAGAUGACCAUCUUUGGGAAAGACCUCUACAAAAUGAUCUUAGAAAAUAGAGGAAUAUUAUUGUGAUAUAAGAAAUGAUGACUAUGAAGAACCCAGUGAACCAUGAGAAGAUUUGUAUGAAAUGAUGCAGAGUAGAGCAAGAAAAACCAGAAGAAUGGUACCCACAAUGCUUGCAAUAAUCUAAAUGAAAAGAAUACUAAGUGGAAAUCAAAUUCUGAGUAAUUGUAAUGAGUACUCUUGGUUCCAAAGCAUAGAUAAUGAAACACAGCUUUCUUCUGACAGGUAGGAAUAGAAAAGGAAAGUAUAGCACCAGAAUACUGAAUUUUCUACCAAAUGUAAACUGACUGUUUUUACUUAACUAUUUCCUUUAAGAGGAAAGUUCAAUAAUGAGCAGGGGAGCUAAUAUCAGCAAUGAUGUUUAUGUAAAAAACAAAAAGUAUUAAUAACAUUUUUUAAAAGAGAGGGUGUUCAGUAAUGUUUGGCAGAAGAGAGACAAGGGAGCUUAUAUCUGGAAAUGAUAGUCAUGCAAAAAUAUCAAUAUAAUGUAUCAAUAAAACUAACUUCUUUUUUUUUUAAAGAAAAAGGUGCUAUAGUUUACCCUAAUAUGGUUAGAGUGAACUCAUUUCUAUGAGAACUCAGUGGAAUCCUUUAUUGAUAGUUUCCCAUUUUAAGGGUCUCAAAAUAUGUAUGUGAUUUAUGCUUAUCCCAUUAUUGUUUAAGAGCAUUUGAAAAUUAAUCUCAAUUUUAAAAUAUAAUUUGAGGAACAUCCAGAAAGAGAAGAUUAACCUAGCAUGGAAUAUUUUGGUAAAUCACAUUUUCUGAUUAAUAAAAAAUUUCUGAUUAAAAUACAAAGAUACAUGUAAAAAGCUUGGGAUAAUGGCUGAAGGGCUAGCCUUGGAAUUAGAAAACCUUCUGAAAUACUUAACUACUUAAUGUUCUUGGCAACUUUCUCAGAUUAUAAAUUACAGAAAGUUGCUCAUCUGCAUCUGUGGAAAGAAUUGUCCACAAAUACCAGGAGGUCUAGACAGUGAUAAAAUCACAAGUCCAGACUCCUUUCCCUUCUCCCCUUCACCCAAAACACACAUAAUACAAAUACCAUGCUGUUAUGGUAGAGAAUGGAAGGAAUUGGGAGCAAAGAUACCUAAGCCUUAGUCUUAAACUCUGCCAAAAACUAAUUCUAUGAUCUUGGACAACUGAUUUAUUCUCUUUAGGCCUCGUUUUCUUUUCUAUAAAAUGAUCUGUAAAGUCCCUAUGAGCUUAUAGUCCACUAAAGCCUCCUGUUAUUUUGGAGGGUUUUGGCCAUGUUUCAUCCAUAUUGUAAUUGUAAUCUUUAUUUAUCUAGUUAGGCUAGUCCUCAUAGGAUGCACAUAUAUUUCAUCAGUCAACCUGUCCAGAAUUCCUGUCCUGCAUGGUAGGACAUGCAAAUCUUCAGCUACUAACUAACCCAGUCACUUGUAUCAAAGGAUGAUUUUAGUGAGGCAGUUCAGUGCGCUCUGGACUUGAAGUUAUGAAACGUUCCUACCCCUGUCAUUUAUUAGCUAUGUGACAAGUGGCAAAUCAUUUAAUCUCUCUGUCUCAGUUUCCUCAACUUUGAAUGGACAUGAGACUUGAAGUGUCUACCCUACAGGGUUGCCUUGAGGCUAAAAUUUAAUAAUAUAUGUAAAACACUUUACAUCCUUUAAACUGCUUAUAUACAGAUCAAUCAUCAUCAUCUUCUUCAUCAUUUUUGUUGUUAUGUUGCCUAGAAGAUAAUUUUAUCUUCAGGUUCAUAUCUCAAGGGCAGACAGUUUCCUUCCUAUAUCCACAGCUCCUAUCAUAAUGAUAUGAUUGUUUUAACUCACCAUUCUUUCUUACUAAUCCCCUAUGGUCCAAAUCCAUUCAUCCCAAUUUAAAUUCAUCCUCCAUAUCUAAUAACAUUAAUCCUUCUCCAAUGCCCUUCUCAUGCUAGUGUUCUGGAGCAAUCCAAAAAUAGCUUUUUAUUGGAUAUCAAAUCCACACUGUUGUCACUGGGACCUAGAAGCAUCUGUUCAAGAUUCCUAUAGACUUCUUUGGUUAAAUUGUGAAACUACUGGCUGAACUGCAACUGAGCCUUAUAGAUCACUACUGAGAUGCAGUGAUAGGUUCUUACUCAGGGUAGUCCUUUGAUGUUAUCAUUGAAAUGUUGUACUAAAAUGACCUUAGGUUAGAUUUCUUGCUGCAGUUCUUAUGCCUUUUAAGUCCCACUACUCUAUAGAUAAUAUAAUGGAUAUAAUGCUACACUUGGAAUUAGGAAAACCUGAGUUCAAAUCAUAAUGCUUAUUAAUGGUGUGAUAUGGAUCAAGUCACUUACCCUGUCAAUGUUUGUUUCCUCACCUGAACAAUAGAGAAAAUAAUAGCACCUUCAUCAGACAAUUGUUGUGAGAAUGAAGUGAAAUAAUACAUGUAAAGUGUUUAAAGUGUUAUAUAAAUGUGAUCC